UUUCUCCUUCUGCACCAUUUCUCUCUGCAAUUCUCCAACCUACUUUUCUUCUUUCUAUACUUUCCCAGAAAGCUUACAAUAGCUUUAAUUAACUAAGCUUCCAUGGCUGACCCUAAACACCAACAGCAAAGGCCUGGCAUGGAAGGCUUAAACGGCGUUUUCCCUGAAAAGGGUGGCGGCCCUUCAACUUCGCAGAUUAUAGCGGUGGUCACCCUGUUGCCUCUCAGUGGCACCCUCCUCUUCCUUGCAGGUAUUACUCUCACUGGGACACUCAUUGGGCUGGCGAUUACGACCCCAGUUUUCGUGGUUUGCAGCCCGGUUCUGGUCCCUGCAGCCUUGGUCAUUGGCUUAGCGGUGGUGGGGUUCUUGGCAUCUGGAGCUUUUGGGAUCACUGCACUUUCUUCCUUGUCGUGGAUGGCAAACUAUAUUCGGGAGAUGAGGGGAAAACUGCCGCAGCAGAUGGAACAGGCAAAGAGGCGCUUGCAGGAGACGACGGGCCAGAAGGCUAGAGAGUUGGGCCAGACUGUAAGGGGCCAAGAUGUCACAAGAGGUCAAGAGGGUGGCAGGACAUAAUUUAUUCACGGCAAUGGAUGUCAUAUUAUGUGUUCAGUGUUGCGUUGUUGUAUGGUAAAUAUUUGCUAGUUUGUUGGAUAUCACACAUAUUAUAUGUAAUAAGACAGUCUCUGCACAGAGACUAGGACAAAUUUUAGGUUUUGUGUAUAAUCUUUUUGUUGCUGAGUUUGGGUAUCUUACUUUGUUGAUCAAAUAAAUUUUAUUUUGAGUUCAUCGUAA